AUGGGGAAUAAGCCAGGAUUGUUACCUAAGUGGCUGUUUGUUUACACAAUACUCAAGGCCAUGUAUGUUCUGGUUGCGUACAAGGACCAUCUUGCAGCUACUAGCCGCGGGUGGGAGCUUGGGUCGGCCUAUGUUUAUCUGACGCUGCUGCUUGGAAUAACAAGACUACUGUCAUCCAGAAAGAUAACCAUAGUGGGGUUCUACUCCUCGAUAGCAAUAUCAUUUCUAGCCGAGGGGCUGUUUUUUGUGUAUGGAGGGUUCCGUGGGAUAUACUCGAUACACAGGAUGCUUGUGGAGGCAUUUUUUGUUCUGUUUACCCUUGGCUGGAUGAUAUUCCUGUAUCCAUACUAUCUCCUCGAGGACAAAGAGCUUCCGAAAAAACCGAGGGACGAGUCUGUGAAGCACCAAUAG